CUGGAGACAAGGACUCUUCAUGUGUCAGUGUGGCAUGCAAGUACACUGAAGAGAAAAGUCUUCCUAGGAGAAGUGACAAUACCUCUGGAAUUAUGGGACUUUGAGGAAAACUCUACAUUAUCCUUUCACUGGUAUCAGCUUAAAGCAAAGCCACAGAAGCAUGACGAGUGCACAGUACAAUAUCAUGGAGAGCUGCAUUUGAGAAUCAGACUUGAAAUACCCCCAAUUCCCACAACUUUCCAGUAUUCAUCACAUGGUGUGGAAGGUAAACAUUUGGGAGUGAUCCAGCUUCAUCUUGUAAUAAGAAAUGCCAAGAAUUUGCCAUCACGGCCAGAUGGAACUUUAAGUCCAUUUGUAAAAAGCUGUCUCAUCCUGCCAAACAAACAUGAAUUAAAGCAAAGGACCCCAGUGCUAAGAAGACAAACCUGUCCUGAGUGGAAUCAC